AUGCAUGCUGCGCCCAACAGGACAGCUGACAUUCGCGAUAUACGAGACUUUUCCCUGGCUGUUGCAGGCUUUGUGGUGUCUGGCCUAGGCCUUGCAUUCACGUAUGCCUCCUCGGACUUUCGCCUGAAGCGUCUGGCCGUAAAGAAGUUCAUGGCACCCUAUGAGCCAGCCAUGUCUCCGGACGAGGUCGUCCCACGAAAGGUCGUAGAUGACAUCCAACAUAGGCUGCGCAGCUGGCGGCAGCAGUCCGACGCGACCAUCGUGAGUGGCCGCUACAAAUCCGGCAAGACUGUGGCCGUGGAAGAGGCCUUGCGCAGUGUUUGUGGUGUGUGGGCCUUCACGGUGAAGGUGGAAGACUGGGAGCCUGCCAUGUACCAAAUGCUUGGAGUGAAGGACGCGAACAUGUUUGCCGAGGUGCUUCGUCGUGUCCGCGCCAAGUUGCAAAAGAAGAAGUUUGCAACGAACCUGACCCAAUAUCCCAUCCUGCUUCUGGACAUUCCUCGCGACACCAAAGGAGGUAAGGAGGAGGGGAUGAAGUUGGUUUCCACCACAGCGAAGGACAUGUCGAGUGAUUCACGCUACGCCGCAUCGGCACAUGUGCUGGUGGCCGCCUCAUCUGCUGCCUCGGCUCUGGCGUUUGAUGCUGGCGGUCGCAGAUUCGACAUCUGGGUGGGCGACAUGACCGAGAAGGAGGCGAGUGAGUUGCUCAAGAUGCACGAGCACGAGUCGGCCGCGGCAGCAAUCAUUGACAAUUGUGGCCACCGCGCUGGUGAUUUGGUGGAUGCAUGCAAUAUGCUGAAGAGAGGAAUCAAUCUGAGCGACAUCAAGGUCGAUUUCCACAAGAUGGCAGAAAAAGACGUGGUGAACUUCAUGAGUCUUACACUUGAUGGAAAGCAGGCAUCCGCCCUCAGUGGCAGAGCGAAUCGCGGAGGAGGAGGCCAUUUCAUCGGACGCAGCUGGGCAAAGCCGGGGAGUUGCAGCAGAAGACGGCCCAGCGCGCCACCGACCCAACUGAAUGCGUGGCCGCAGCUUCGAGCUGUGAUACAAAGGGCAAUGCAUGCUGCGCCCAACAGGACAGCUGACAUUCGCGAUAUACGAGACUUUUCCCUGGCUGUUGCAGGCUUUGUGGUGUCUGGCCUAGGCCUUGCAUUCACGUAUGCCUCCUCGGACUUUCGCAUGAAGCGUCUGGCCGUAAAGAAGUUCAUGGAACCCUAUGAGCCAGCCAAGUCUCCGGACGAGGUCGUCCCACGAAAGGUCGUAGAUGACAUCCAACAUAGGCUGCGCAGCUGGCGGCAGCAGUCCGACGCGACCAUCGUGAGUGGCCGCUACAAAUCCGGCAAGACUGUGGGCGUGGAAGAGGCUUUGCGCAGUGUUUGUGGUGUGUGGGCCUUCACGGUCGAGGUGGAAGACUGGAAGCCUGCCAUGUACCAAAUGCUUGGAGUGAAGGACGCGAACAUGUUUGCCGAGGUGCUUCGUCGUGUCCGCGCCAAGUUGCAAAAGAAGAAGUUUGCAAAGAACCUGACCCAAUAUCCCAUCCUGCUUCUGGACAUUCCUCGCGACACCAAAGGAGGUAAGGAGGAGGGGAUGAAGUUGGUUUCCACCACAGCGAAGGACAUGUCGAGUGAUUCACGCUACGCCGCAACGGCACAUGUGCUGGUGGCCGCCUCAUCUGCUGCCUCGGCUCUGGCGUUUGAUGCUGGCGGUCGCAGAUUCGACAUCUGGGUGGGCGACAUGACCGAGAAGGAGGCGAGUGAGUUGCUCAAGAUGCACGAGCACGAGUCGGCCGCGACAGCAAUCAUUGAAAAUUGUGGCCACCGUGCUGGUGAUUUGGUGGAUGCAUGCAGUAUGCUGAAGAGAGGAAUCAAUCUGAGCCACAUUAAGCAGCGCUUCCACAAGAUGGCAGAAAAAGACGUGGUGAACUUCAUGAGUCUUACGCUUGAUGGAAAGCAGGUGGGUCAGCAGAUUUUCCACGCACUGCUUCAGAGCGGAGGCGCAGGCAUUGAGGCAGUCAUCAAUACUACCGCCUAUGAGCCACGCAAAAUUGCAAAGCUCAUGCGCGAUGAGAACGCGCAUGCCAUCAUAUGGCAUCCUACAGAGAUGAUUUACAG